AUGGAGGUUGAUAGCAUUGUCGCCGAGCUUCGCCAGACCUUCGACAGUGGCAAGACUCGUCCUAUUACAUAUCGCAAAGAGCAGUUGCGGAAUUUGUAUCAUCUUGUUGUGGACAACCGCGAUCGAUUCGCAGAAGCUAUCUUCAAGGACGUCGGAAAGCCGCCUGUGCAAGUAGAGGUUUUGGAGACGCUAUGUGUUGCCAAUGAGGUUGGUAUCCCCGUUACUUCUUCUUCUGUCGUUGUAAUAGUGCUGAAAUGCCAAUUCGAUGGCAUCCAGAUUGUCCACUUUUUGCAAAACCUCGACGAGUGGCUCAAAGAUGACGUCGUCGAGACUCUACCACCUUUCGAGAACUGGUCUCCUAUCAUUCGAAAACAGCCAAAGGGUUUGGUUCUUAUUCUGGGAACAUGGAAUUACCCAUUGACAUUGACGCUUCUACCGUUCAUCGGAGUCAUUGCCGCGGGUAACACCGGUAUCCUUCGUCCUAGUGAAUUCGCMCCCGCCACGGCCGACCUCCUCGUAGAGCUCUUCCCCAAAUAUCUCGACGCUAGUAGCUACCGCUGCGUCAUCGGCGGCCGCGAAGUCGCCGAAGCCCUCCUCAAACACCCAUUCGGCCACAUACUCUUCACGGGAGGUCUCAAAGUCGGAAAGGAAAUCAUGAAAGCCGCCGCUAACCACGUCACUCCCAUCACACUGGAGCUUGGUGGCAGGAACGCGGCUAUCGUCUCUGACAAAGCCAAUGUUCGUCUUGCCGCGAAACGCAUUCUAUGGGGAAAAGCUGCUGCUGCUGGUCAGACUUGCUUUGCGCCCAAUGUUGUGAUUGUGCAUGAGGCUGUUUAUGAUGAGUUUGUAGGUGGUCUUAAAGAUUACUACGCCGAGUUCUACAAAGGCAAAGCCGAACACCCCUCAGUCGGCCACAUCGUCAACGCCGCCCAAUUCUCCCGUGUCCAAUCCACCUUCUCCUCGACAAAGGGUAAAGUGAUUCUCGGCGGCGAACUCAACUCCACCACCCGCUUCAUUGAGCCCACCAUCGUCACCAACGUCGAGGCCGACGAUGCCCUCCUCCAAGCCGAAGUCUUCGGUCCCGUCCUCCCCGUAAUCAAGGCCAAGGACAUCGAACACGCUCAAACACUCGCCAGGGAAAUUGCCCCCGAAGCGCUAGGUCUAUACGUCUUCUCCGAAGACCUCGAGGAAGCCAACAGAGUCGUCAACGCCCUACCCAACGGCUCUGCAUCGAUCAACGACCUACUAGGUCAAAUUGCGCCACCCAGUUUGCCCUUUGGUGGAUUCGGAAGUAGUGGAUUUGGCGCGUAUCGUGGAAAAGCAAGUAUUGAUACCUUUUCGCACAAGCAGUCUAUUGUGACUGUGCCGACGGUGCCGGAGUUUGAGAAUUUGUUGGAGUGGAGGUAUCCGUAUGCGGAUCAGGAAAAGACUGUGGAGUUUAUUAGGGCGAAUAUGUUGGCGCCCCUUCCACCUCAAUAG